AUGUCUCAGCCUCAACCAAAGAGUCAGCCGGCCACAAGCCAUACCUCUGUUCUCAAUGCCAAGAACGCUUCCAUUUUGGUCGGUAUUCGCGAUGGUGUGACACAAGACUUUCGACUAGUCCCUAGAAACCAGGCAGUGGUUUCGGUAUUUGAUUCAAAUUUCCUUAUUGGUGAUGGAAUCUGGGAAGGCAUACGUGCCGUUAGGGGGCGCGUUCAGUUCGCCAAGGAACACAUCAACCGGCUGUUCCAGUCCGCGAAGGCCAUGUACAUGGACUUGGGCCUGACCAAAGGAGAACUUCUAUCACUACUUCAUCAAACCUUGGACGCCAACGACAUGGGCAACGAGCCUCACGUACAUAUUCGCUUGGUAGUAAGCAGAGGGCUGAAGUCGACGCCAUACCAGAACCCACAUGUCAACAUUGGUCUGCCGCUCAUCGUCAUCAUUCCUGAGAUCAAGGCGGUUGAUCCAACAGCAAAGUCUCGCGGUUUACGUCUAGGCACGACCUGGGUUCGCCGCGGCCCCCCAGACGUCAAAGACGAACAGUGGAACCACAUUUCCAAAGCCACAGACGUCCAGGCUUGCGUAAGCGCCAACGUCAUGGGUGUCGAUGAGGCGCUGAUGUUGGACCUGAGGGGGUUUGUGAAGACGUGCAACUCUGUCAAUUUCUUCAUCGUCCGCGGCGAUGAGGUAUGGGCGCCAACGAAGGAUAACCAGAUGCAAGGCAUCACGCGCCAGAAGACCAUCGAUGUCUGCCGCGCCCACGGUAUCAAGGUCCGAGAGCUCGACUUUGCGCUCACUGAGGUGUACGGGGCGGACGAGGCUUUCUGCACCGGCACGUUCCCGUCGCAGAUUCACGUUACUGAGGUCGACGGACGAAAGAUUGGUGAUGGGAAGAGAGGGCCUCUUACAGAGGCAAUUCAGAAGUUGUACGCAGCCGAGGUUGAGCGAGAUGUGUCCAGGACCAGAGAACAGAUUUUGGCGGAUCUCGAGCAAACUCGAGAUUUGAGUGUUUUGGAAAGCUUGAGAUCCAAGCUUUAA